AUGUCAAUUUCUACGACCUUGUUACCUCAUCAAUCGAUGAAGGGCUUCUCAGGAACAGUAUCCACAUGUGGAUCCGAACAUCUUCGCUCAAAUCUCUUCUGCGCGUCGAAAUUCAAUAGGGUUAAUCUGCUUGAUAUCAGCAAUUUACCCGUGAGCGAAUUAAUGAAACAACAUAUCACUUCGUUGAGAGUUAACGACGAAUCUGAUUUGGAAGCCGAGAAUGCCUUUUUCGUUGCUGAUUUGGGUGAAGUUUACCGUCAGCAUCUGCGCUGGAAAGCUCGUUUACCACGUGUUGAACCGUUUUAUGCUGUUAAAUGUAAUCCGGACCCCGUAAUGCUGAAACUCCUCGCUGCGCUGGGAUUGGGGUUCGAUUGCGCUAGUAAAUCGGAAAUACAGACUAUCCUCAACAUGGGUGUAGACCCGAGCAGGAUUAUCUACGCAAAUCCAUGCAAACAAGCAUCAUUCAUCCGUUAUGCGGCGCAGAAGGACGUCAAAAUGAUGACUUUCGAUAAUGUAGACGAACUGUAUAAGAUAAAACAGUAUUUCCCAAGCGCACAAUUAGUAUUGAGAAUACUAGCAGACGAUUCUAAAUCGUUGUGCAGGUUGGGUUUGAAGUUUGGGGCAUCCUUGGAUUCUGUUGAUCAAUUGUUGCAAACUGCACAAAAUCUUGAGCUGGAUGUCAUUGGUGUCAGCUUUCACGUAGGUAGUGGCUGCUAUGACGAAGAAGUUUACGCAGAUGCAAUUUGGCGUGCGCGCGUCGUUUUCGACAAAGCAUCAUGCUACAACUUUAACUUCCGUUUCCUCGACGUUGGUGGCGGUUUCUCUCACUUGCAUGAUGGUAAUGGUAUUACGUUCGAAAAAAUCGCCAACGUACUCGAUGUAGCGUUGAAGAAUUAUUUCCCGGAAGAUAUACGCAUUAUUGCUGAGCCUGGAAGAUAUUAUGCUGCGCCGGCCUAUACUAUUGCUACGCAAAUUAUUGCUAGAAGACUUGUUCUGAGAGACCAGGAUGAUAAUGACGAAGGAACGAGAGAAGCUGAUGUCGUGGACAGUGAACAGACGUUAGCGGAAGAUGAACAGACGCUAGCGGGAGAUGAACAGACGUUAGCGGGAGAUGAACAGUCUUUCAUGUAUUAUAUUAAUGAUGGUGUGUAUGGAGCAUUUAACUGCAUCCUUUUUGAUCAUCAGAUUGUUCAUCCAAAAGUUCUUAUUAAGGACGAUAUAUUUUACUUUGAUACUAUCAUGCCUGGCGAGCCCGAGUACUCGAGCAGUGUAUGGGGUCCAACUUGCGAUUCAAUCGAUUGUGUUAACAAGGAUUCUAGGCUUCCUGAAUUAUUUCCAGGAGAUUGGCUCUAUUUUGAAGAGAUGGGUGCAUACACUAUAUCUGCAGCAUCCCAGUUUAACGGGUUCAUGAAAAGUAAUGUACUUUAUACAUCUACAGAAAAUAAGGUGUUUGAAUAUAUUUGA